UUCCAGCUGGGCCUGAUGGAUGACGCUGCUGAGUGCUUUGAGAACAUCCUGGAGCGAAUUCAUUUGCACAUAGUUUCAGACGCUGCAACUGAUGCUUGUUCAUCCAAAUCCUGCAUCACCCAUCAGAAGUUUGCGAUGAUGCUUUAUGAGCAGUUUGUGUGUCGCUGUUGCGGUGCAUCCUCAGACCCCCACCCAUUCACAGAAUUUGUACAUUAUGUGUCGACCACUGCUUUAUGCCAACAGGUUGAUCGCACGUUGGGGAAGAGCGAGCGACUGAGGUCAGACAUGUUCGGAGAAUUGCUGCAGGCAGCAAACAACACAGGUGACCUCCGAAGUUGCCCGAGUGACUGUGGUCAAAGUAUCAAGAUCCGUCGUGUGCUCAUGAACUGCCCAGAGAUCGUCACUAUAGGAUUUGUGUGGGAUGCUGAGCAGUCUGAUCUUACGGACGAUGUCAUCAGGUCACUUGGCCCACGUUUGAACCUGUGUGGGCUUUUUAACCGUGUCACUGAUGAAAAUGCCAAACGGAGUGAGCUACAUCUGGUGGGGAUGAUCUGUUUUUCGAGUAAACAUUACUCAGCCUUUGCCUAUCACACCAAAUCUUCAAAAUGGAUGUUUUUUGAUGAUGCUACUGUAAAGGAGAUUGGAUCCAAAUGGAAAGAUGUUGCCUCUAAAUGUAUCAGGGGACAUUUUCAACCACUUCUGUUGUUUUACACCAAUCCUGAGGGAACUCCGGUGUCUAAUGAAGAUGCACCGAGACAUUCAACCAUGUGUCCCCGGUACAAAGCCCAAGUAAAUGGAGAUGUGAAGGUGAAAAAUCCGCUUGGCAGUCCAAAUAAAUUCCAGGAACCUUUCACAGAGAGUUUGCAGAGACCAGGUGAAACAUCAAAAAAGGAUAGGGGGCAUCGAAGAACUGACCCAUCCCAACACAAAGAGAUGGCACAUGCAAGAUCUCCAGAGAAUGGGCCGAGGCAUCCUGGGGACCAAAAAUGUAAAAGCCAUCCACGUUCUGAGAAGACAACAAACUAUUCAAGCAGAGGAUCUCAGGAGCCACGUGGACAGUCCCUCAACACACAGGGUAGUGGGCACAGCAAGAAGAACAACACGUCCCUGAGUCCUUAUGAUCAGGACAGCUGCCAGGAGCAAUGGGAUAAAGGUGGGAGUGGAGGAAGCCGCAAUAAAUCCAAGUCUACUUGGAGACCCAUUCGGGAGGUGUUAAACGUGGACAGUGUGCUGAAUGAACUGGAGCAACGCCAUCAACAGCAACACGACAGCCCCCAGCGCAGCAAGCCUUCAUCCCAGGAACGGGUCCUUGCAGAGCAAAGUCGAGACCGUGAGCGUGAAUGUGUUCGCAACAGAGAAGAUCGGAAGCAGAAGUGUUUAAUGACGAUUUAUGAGGAUGACCAGCGGCAUGAGACUGAAAGCCACAGCUCUGUAGAGUCAGAGAGCAGGGCCAACCAACAGAGGGGCAGCAGACUUAAAGGUGGCCCCAAGACGCUGCUGCGUAGUGACACCUGGACCAUUCAAAGGACAGAGUCAGGCUAUGAGAGCAGUGACAGACUCAGCAGUGGCUCCACCAAUCCUGACUCACCUGGCGUUGAUGGCUUUGUCGUUAAAGACCAGAGAUUAACACCAGAGGCACAGUUGCAAAGCCUGCUGCACCAAAAGGGAGGUGAUGCAAAAUCAAGUAUAACAUCUUCACCUUCACACAACGGUAAACAUCAACCCAAACCUCAGGGAAAGAACCAUGACCAAGUUUCACAUUCACAUCUUAAGUGCAGUCCAAGUUCAAGACGGAAAUCAAAGUACACUUCUAGUACUUCUAGAAAGGCAGUAUCUUCAGAGAGGGACUCCACUGGUGCAGAUAACAGGCAGAGUGAGCAGCAGGAGCUGACAAACUGUAGAGGGCACACUGGAGAAAGUACAGCCCUGCGGCACAUUACAAAAACCAGCAGCUCAGAAUGGAACAGCUCCGAUGAUCUCGCUCUCUCAGAGCCAGAGGACAGAGACGGCACUUACUGCUCCUGCAACAGCGAGGCUGUUGCCUCUGAUUCCCAGUGUCCUCAUAUCACCCUGCCAUACCACCCUCCCAGCAAUGUGACUGCAGAACCUCUCCAACUGAACAAUCAGCGUCAGCUUGGCACGACAGGGUCGCCUCACCUCCGACCCGCCCAGCGGGUCUCUCCUCACCUGGGUGAAACAAGUCAAGCCGUGUUUCGCCCAAGGAUGCUUCAAGAACCCUUCCAGUCCAGUCUUCGUCUUUCAACCGCAUCCUAUGUAAGUCCUCACAGGAAGCCUGACAUGUCAGGCCUCCGAACUUUCUCAGAUGCAAGCUCCAAGUCGGGCUCCGACCCGGAGAGGAGUACCCCUUCAUCAUGUGAAAGUGAGGAAAGACUGACUGGAUGCAGAAUGGAACAGGCUCAAGAGGUUUCUCUGACAACAUACUUCAAUGUGGAUAACUGUAUGACGGAAACAUACCGUCUCAAGUAUCACAACCAGAGGCCUCUUGUCCUAUCGGCCACGGUGCCACGGGCAGCAGUUGCUACUGAGCGCAGAGAUACCAGCCAUACACUCACCACAGACACACACUCACAAGAUGUGCCAAAAGCCAGACCUGAAACAAGCCAUAAUAGCAAUAAACCCACAGCAAAAUGGAACCCAGUGACAGCCAAAGGACUGGAUGAACGUGGUUUUUUAUGA